AUGGAGGAUUUUCAGAAAGUUUUGGAGAAAUGUAGGCUUAGCGAUAUGGGUUUCCAAGGGUCUAAAUUUACAUGGACUAAUGGUAGAACGGAUAAUGCGUUUACGCAAGAACGGUUGGAUCGGGCAGUUGCUAAUGCUGAAUGGCUCUCACAUUUUGCUUGUUCCGAAGUGAAGGUGAUGGCUAGGCGCAAUUCAGACCAUAACCCUCUCCUUCUAUGUUUUGAUGGUGGUGGUGUUAGGAGAAGAGCUGGCCGACCAUUUCAUUUUGAGGCUAAUUGGGAGUCAUAUCCAGAUUUCAAGAAAGAGGUGGGGAAAAGUUGGCGUAUGAAACAAAGGGGGGAGAAUCCACUGCAGAAUGUACAUGGGAAGCUCCAAUCAUGUAAGCGAUCCAUUUUGAGAUGGGUAAAAAAAACAGUCCAUGUUACGGAAGAUCUUAUUCGGUCUAAAACAAAAAAGCUUGAAGAGAUACAAGGGGCGGAAGGGGACAUUAAUUUGGCGGCUGAACAAGCUCUAAUGGAGGAGGUGAAUGAGCUGCUAGAGCAAGAAGAAACAAAAUGGAGGCAAAGAGCUAAGGAAAAUUGGCUUAUCCAUGGAGAUUGUAAUACAAAGUUCUUUCAUGCGUGUGCCACGCAGUGGAGAACUAGUAAUACUAUCUCUCAGAUUGUAGAUGGAAAUGGCCAAGCGUGA